CUGACACACACACUUCUUCUGGGACCGCCUCAAUUGGCCUCACUCUCCUGUCUACGUCGCUCUUGACACUUCACUUCCACUCACUUCUCUCGUCGCCAUGUCAAAGGGAAAGUCACUGCCCCCAGCUCUCAAGUCGAUGCUGGCAUCGCCCCUGUAUCCAGCCAGGCCUGCAGCAUUGCGCAAGGGUGCUACUAUCCCAGCAGGUAGAGCAGCUGGACCUACUCCGCCAGCCCCAUCGGAGAAGCUCCUAAAUGUGUUCCGAAAGGUCAAGGGCGAAGCAGAGCAGAAGGGAGUAGGCUGGGGAGAGUGGCUUAGUAUCGCAACGGCGACUAUGGUCACUCUCAACUCGCCCUCCUCAUUAGCAAGUCUACACCGCUUUGCCUCAGGUAAUGAAGGUUCUUCAACGUCCUCUCUCAGCUUGAGUCAACGUGGGGACCGAGCCCUUCUGAUGAGGGAGGUUGGACUGAAGUGCAUCGGCUUCGUGGGCAUUCCAAAGGUCAUCAACAACCUCGCAGCUCUUCGCAAGGCCGUUGACGAAGAUCAAGAGCUCUCCUCCUCUCUCACCACAGAACCACGUCGGCAAAUCACCCCUUCCGAGCUCCCCUCGGUAAAGGAAGCCGCCUAUUCCCUCUGGGAUGACAUUUAUCAACCGCACUCGGACAAGCUCAUCAAGAUCCUCGGACACUCACACCCGGAUCUACCCGUCUUCAUCCUCGAGGGGGAAUACGGACCGCUCUUCUCUCCACCCCACACCUUCCGGAAGGGGGAGAGCGAGCCAGCGUGGGAGGUGGGGAGACUCAGGACGUCACUCGUAGCUAUUGCCGCCCUUCGAGCUCAAGGCGGGGUUGGUCCGCAAGUCACAUCGCACGUAUGGGGUCUGAUGAAGGCCGAGACAUCGAUUCAGCAAGGAGCUGAAAACGAAAAGGGGCUAAGGUGGAUCACCUCGGAGGAAGGAGCACUGUGGACGGUAGAAGCCGUCAAUGCACUAAGCGAGGUGGUCGAGGGGGCAGAGGAGAUCCAGUUGGGGUCGAGCGAGAGCAAGAGGGAUAGCAAAUUGUAGAUGACCUCCAGAUACGUAGUGGUAUGCAGCAUGUAUUGACAUCGGGUUGCUGCCGUGGCUUAACCGUCGUGCAAGCAGCCGAAGCUCUACAAAUUUACAGAAGCCCAGGAAUGACAGCUUUCCUUUCCUUGGGGUACUUUCCGCCUUUGCCAUCUCCCUCGACGCCAAACUUCUUCUGGUACCAGU